AAAAAAAAAAUAGAUGUGGUAAAAACCCACUUCCUUUUUUCCUGCAUCCUUUUCUUGGGCUCACAUGCUAUAUAUGGGGGAAAAGACAAUCAGGCAGACAUAGGCAGAUGUACUUUUUCCUGUCUUAAAUCUUUCAGCCAAAAUCAUACAACCUAUCUAAAGAAUGAAAAGCUGGAUUAUACUGCUGGCUAUUGUAGUCAGCACAGAAGAAGCACAAAAGCAGGACAUCUGUACCCAAGGGUAUCCUGGCAUCCCCGGCAAUCCUGGACACAACGGCAUACCGGGUCGUGACGGACGCGAUGGCCUGAAAGGCGACAAGGGGGAUACAGGUGAAGCAGGACUUCCUGGCACUCCAGGGAAAGAUGGCACAAAUGGAGAAAAAGGCCAAAAAGGAGCCAAUGGGACCGUUGAAGAGAAGGGGAACAAAGGAGAUAAAGGAGAAAGAGGACGACCUGGGAAACUAGGACCAAAAGGAAUUAUAGGGUCAGUGGGUUACAAGGGCCAGAAGGGCGAACUGGGUCUGCAAGGACAAAAGGGGUUAAAAGGAGACAUUGGGCCAAUAGGUCCAAAAGGGACAAAGGGUGAAACCGGCCAGCCUGGAAGAAUUGGUAUGCCAGGACCAAUUGGCCCCACUGGUAAUCCGGGUCCUAAAGGUAACACUGGAGAUCUGGGGCCACCAGGUAAUCCAGGAGUUCAGGGGGAAAGAGGCUUGAAAGGAGACAGAGGAGAUAAGGGGAACAUAGGUGCCCCAGCAGUCCUGCCAAGGAGUGCUUUCAGUGUAGGCCUUACAGUUGCCACCAAGUUUCCUCCCCACAGUCAGCCGAUCAAGUUUGACAAGGUGCUGUACAACAAUCUAAAUGACUACAACCCAAUCACCGGCAAAUUCACCUGCAAAUUCUCUGGUGUUUACUAUUUCACCUACCAUAUCACCGUCUAUUCGAGGAACAUCAGAGUAGCUCUAGUUAAAAAUGGGGUCAAGAUGUUGCACACUGUGGACGGGUACCAGGGUGUUGAGGACCAGGCAUCGGGAGCUGCCAUCCUUGAACUACACAAAGGAGACGAGGUGUGGCUUCAGGCUCACCGAGGAGAGACCUUCAACGGGCUGUUUGCAGAUGCUGAUGAUGAUACCACCUUCACUGGGUUUCUACUGUUCAGCACCUCGGACAUGCUGGACCCACUGCCAUCGCCCGCAGCGUAAAUUCACGCUUUGUUAAUCUAUGACUCCAGUGAAUUGUUGGUUGACUCCUACUGAUCCAAGUUUCAGAGUGCUGUAAGCAGUGGAGGUGCUUUAUGAAAGUCAGUGCUGGUUUACUUGCUUAGUAUUCUUCUUCAGUAGGAACUACUACUACUAGUAGUUCCAGUCCUGCCUUUUGAGCAUUUUUUGAAAGGAAGUAAAACCUAUCCAUGAAUGAUACAUGUCUGUGUC